CGCGCGCCGGGCCGGCCCGGGCCGGCCGCGGUGGGAAGUCAGUCGCGCUCCCGCCGGGACGGGAGGAGGAGGCGGCCGCGCCCGUUGUUUUCCGCCGGCCCUGCGGGCGGGCGGGCGCAAGGGCGGGGUGCGCUCCGCUCCGGACCUGGCUCUCCGCCUCCCCGGACCGGAGGGGUGCACUCGGUACCCCGGGAUCGCAGCCCCGGGACGCCCGAGCCUGCGACUGGCGAGCGCCCGGCAGGAGCGAGAUGGCCGCGGGCGCCCGGGCGCCGCAGCCCCGCGUCCUGCUCUGCCUCGGGGCGCUGCUGGCCCGCGCGGUGUCCGCAGGACUGGAGGCCGUAGUCAUCGGCGAGGCCCUCGGCAGUGUCACCCUGCUCUGUGGCAAUGCCUCAGCACCCAGGGGCCUGGUGACCUGGUACCGGAACGACUCGGAGCCUGUCUUCCUUCUGUCCUCCAAUUCCAGCCUCCCACCUGCGGUGUCUCGCUUCUCUCUGGUGAAUGCCAGCGCCCUGCACAUUGAGGCUCUGAGCCUGCAGGAUGAGGGCACCUACACCUGCCAGGAGGUCCUGAAUAACACGCGCUGCUUCCCUGUGUCGCUGCAGGUGGCGGAUGGCCCCUACCAGGUGGAGGUCAACAUCUCCACCGCAGGCUCCCUUCCCAAUGGCACCCUGUUCGUGGCCAAGGGCUCCCAGGCGGCGUUCAGCUGCAGGAGCAGCGCCCGGCCUCCGCCCCUGGUGGAGUGGUGGUUCCAGGCCGCCCCGGGCCGGGCCGAGCUCUUUGGGAGCAACCGGACGCUCUCCAGCUUCGUGCUGCUGCAGAUGUCACCAGGUCUCCAAGGGAACUACACCUGCGCGGCCACGAACACGCUCAGCGGGAGGCAGCGAAAGGUGACCGCCGAGCUCCUGGUCUACUCACCUCCUACAUCAGCACCUCAGUGCUCUGCAGAGACGUCAUUGGUGUCGUCCACGCUGCAGCUCACCUGUCGCUGGGAUGGGGGAUACCCUGAGCCCGACUUCUUGUGGACAGAGGAGCCAGGAGGGAUGAUUGUGGGGAACUCAACGCUGGGGGUAGAAACAGUGAACAACUCCCAGGUGGAGGAUGGCAAGACGUUCAAAUGCCUUGGCAGCCACAUAGUGGGACCUGCAUUGGGAGCCAGCUGUGUGGUGCAGAUCAAGAGCCCCUCACUUCUCUCAGAGCCCAUGAAGACUUGCUUCGUGGGGGGCAAUGUGACACUCACCUGCCAAGUGUCCGGAGCUUCUCCUCUCGCCAAGAUCCUGUGGCUGAGGAACCUCAGCCAGCCCGAGGUGGUCCUCCAGCCCAGCAACCACUACCUCAUCACCCAGGCCGGCCAGAGCUCCAACCUCACUGUCCACAACUGUUCCCGGGACCUGGACGAGGGCUACUAUGUCUGCCGAGCUGAAAACCCCGUGGGGGUGAGGGAGGUGGACAUCUGGCUGAGUGUGAAAGAGCCUGUCAAUGUCGGGAGCAUGGUGGGAACCAUCAUCAGCCUCUUCCUGUUGGGAGUGGCCACGAUUUCUGGGCUUCUGUUGUAUUACAGCCCUGUGUUCUGCUGGAAAGGAGGCACUUUGAGGGGCCAGGACAUGGGGGAUGUGAUGGUUUUGGUGGAUUCAGAAGAGGAAGAGGAAGCAGAGGGAGUGGAGAAGGAGGAUGCAGAUGAGGAGGAAGAUGAGACAAGAGAGGAGUUGACAAAAGAAGUCCACAAGCAUGGCCAUAUUCACAGAGUGACCGCGCUGGUGAAUGGAAACCUAGAGCAGUUGAAGAACGGACUCCAAGAUCUCCAAGAUGACAACAGUGCACAGCAGAGUGACAGUGUUCAAGACGAGGAGCCAUCAUGAAGAGGACCUGCCCAUUGUCAUCUCGUCUUGAAAGCUGGGAAAGCUCCAUUUGAAAAACAAGCUCCUUGCUCAGACACCUGACCCCCAUCACUGCCUGGGAGCUUGCAUUCGCAACAGCAGCCAAGCAGAAACAUACUUCCAUCUUUCUUU